UAUGUUCCAUUUUUGCUUUCUCUAUCUAUUUUACCACUUUUCCACAUGUCUCACUUUCAUCUGUGUGUGCCAAAGGCCAGGCUGGACAAGAUGGCCAAAUUUCAGCAGAGGGGCGAAGAUCUGGAAAGCAGCUUUGCAGAAUGUUGCAGGCUGCUUCAGGGAGCCCAGAGACGACUUGGAUACCUGGAAGAGCAGAUGAAGCGGGAAGAGGAAGAUGAAGAACGAGAGGCUGAGCUGAAGAAAGUCCAGGCUGAGGUAAAGAAACUUGAGAAGGAUGAAAAGUUAUUUCUGGGACUCCUGGAGGAACAUCGACGUGAUGAGAAGAAACUACCCUGGAAUAUAGACACCAUCUGCAGAGAAGGUUUUAGCAAGAGUGUUUUCAACAUUCAACCUGAAAUUAAAAAAGAAACACAACAGGAAAAGGUAGAGAAGCACAAGACCUUUGUGGAGAAGUAUGCCAAGGAAAUGAAACACUUUGGUAUGCUGCGGCGUUGGGACGACAGCCAGAAGUAUCUGUCAGACAACCCACAUCUGGUGUGUGAAGAGAGUGCUAAUUACCUCGUCGUCCUCUGUAUCGACUUCGAGAUAGAUGAGAAACAUGCCCUCAUGGAGCAGGUUGCACACCAAGCCAUCGUCAUGCAGUUCAUCUUGGAUUUGGCUCGGACUCUGAACGUCGACCCCAGAGGCUGCUUCAGACAGUUCUUCUCAAACAUCAAGACUGCAAAUGCAGAGUACCAGAAUGCUUUUGAUCGAGAGCUGGACCUGCUGAAGGAGCGGGUCCGCAAGUGUGCGCAGGCUCAGAUGGAGGGCACGAUGAAGGAGCUGGAGGAGGAGGAGAGGCAGAAGAGGCUGGGUCCUGGAGGGUUAGACCCGGUAGAGGUCUAUGAGUCACUGCCUAAGGAAAUGCAGAGGAGUUUUGAUGAGAAAAACUCCGAGAUGCUGCAGGACGCGAUGAACAAGCUGAACCCCGAGGAGGGAAGGUACCACCUGCAGAGAUGCAUUGACUCAGGCUUGUGGGUGCCUGACUUACAGGAGGAAGAAGAUUAGAAAACGAAAACCAAACUCGGUCAUCGUUAAGUAGCUGUCUGUGUUGUCAGUGUGUCUAAAAGAUGAGGAACCUAUACACUAUACAACAAAACUGUAACUUUGAUUAAUGUGUUACCUCUCAAUAUUAUUUUUAUUGAAAAUCUAAUUUAAAACAAACCUGCUUGUAAGAACUUAACAGUUUCAUGUUGUAUUCACAGCAUAUAAAAUUAUUUGCAAAGUA